AUGGCCAGGAACAAGAACAAGAAGGGCCAAGGCCAAGGUGCCGCCGGAAACCAGCAGCCCGGCAACAGUAGUAAGCCUGAGGAGCAGCAGCAGAAGCCAGAAGACCAGCAGCCCGAGGAGCAGAAGCCUGAAGACCAGAAGCCUGAAGAGCUAAAGUCGGAUGAGCAGAAGCCCGAAGGCACGACGCCUGUCGGCGAGUUUGGCAACCCCGCGGAUGAGCAGUCCGGCGCCGACGAGAAGAAGGCGGAGGGAGGCCCUGUGGGCGGCGACGGGGACAAGCCCGAGGAACAAUCGGAAGACAAGCCCCAAGAACAAUCAUCACAAGACGAGAAGAAGCCUGGGGAGGACGUGAACCCCCAAGAUGUCCAGCAGGACAAGCCCCAAGACGAACAAAAGCCCGCGGACGAGCAAAACUUGACCGAGGAUCAGAAGAAGAAGAAGAAGCUCGAAGAGGAGCAGAAGAAGAAGAAGACCCAAGAGCAAAAGACGCCCGGCCAAGAGCCCGACAAGAAGCAAGAGUCAUCAAACCAGGCCGGCGUCGAGGACGAAGCGGAGCCCGGGUCGUCCACCCUCGACAAUGAGAAGAAGCCGUCGGCGGCAGACCAGACCAAGGACCAAGAACCCUCCAAGCUCGACGGCGACCAGGAAGAGGACGUCGAGGGCGAGUACUACGACGACGACGACGAGGAGGGUGAAGACGGUGAACGGUGA